UAAAGAUAAAUUGUGAAAUUUAAUUGAGUAGCAUUAGUUAUAAUGGGACAAAAUGACGUUGAAAACUGUGGAAAAGAUACACGAAGCGUUCCAAAACCAGAUGGUUUGGGCGUCAGACAUGUUCAGUAUUUACUUAUGUUUAGCGGAGCUAUAGUUGUCUAUGGAAUGCGAACUGUUUUAAUGGUUGGAAUUGUUGCAAUGAUCGAGAAACAUGAUGACAGCAAAAGUUAUCCAACAUAUCCAGAAUGGGUAGACAUGAAAAACGUAAUACUAUCGUCAUUUUCUUGGGGCCACAUAUGGUUUCAAAUCAUUGCUGGACAAUUGGCUAAGAAUUACGGACCAAAAUAUUUUCUAACUGGAGCAAUCGCUGUAUCAGCACUUUGUAUACUCCUAAUUCCUUGUUUUGCAGCCGAAUUUGGGUAUAAAGGUGUGAUAGCGUUGCGUGCUAUAGAGGGUGCUUGCCAAGGUGUUUUGUUUCCGUCUGUUCACAACUUGUUGAGUAAAUGGGCACCGAUUUCGGAAAGAGCACAAUGGGGUAGUUUUGUGUAUGCAGGUCAAGUCUUGGGAAACUGCUUGGCCAUGCCAAUUACAGGUUUAAUAUCAGCAACCGAUUCUGGAUGGCCCACUGCAUUUUAUUUUUACGGAUCUUGUUCUUUAUUUUGGACAUUGAUGUGGUUUAUAUUUGGUUCGAAUAGACCAGAUGAACAUCCUAGGAUAUCGGCCGCUGAAAAGGAAUGGCUUAAAUCUCUGACAGUAGAGAAAAAGAUAGAAAGACCUCCCACUCCCUGGAAAUCUAUCUUUACUUCUGUACCAUUUCUAGCAGUGAUUAUUACCCAUUGUGGUCAAAAUUGGGGAUUCUGGACCUUACUUACUGAGAUUCCAAGUUUUAUGAAAUACGUAAUGAAAUAUACAAUUACUUCGGACAGUUUCCUAUCUGCUCUUCCAUACUUUGUUAUGUGGAUUAUGAAUUUAAUACUAAGCCCAGUAGCUGAUUAUAUAAUUGCUAAAAAACAUGUCAGUCUAAUUAUAAGUAGAAAGAUUUUCAAUUCCAUAGGAUUUUUUAUUCCUGCAAUUGCUCUUGUUUCAAUUAUAUUUAUUGACAGUGAUAACAAAGUGUUGAUUGAAACAAUUUUGGUAAUAACUGUGGCGUUCAAUGCUGGACAUUACUGUGGUUUUAAUAUCAACCACAUAGAUUUAUCACCAACGUUUUCUGGGACAUUAAUGGGCAUCACGAACAGUAUAUCUGCUAUUUUUACGAUUAUGGCACCAUUAGCAGUAGAUGCAGUUAAAUCGUUCUCUGGAUAUAAAGAGACUGAUAAGGAACUAUGGAACAUUAUUUUCGGAAUAUCAGCUGGUUUCUAUACCGUUGCAGGAUGUGCUUUUAUUUUAAUUGGCUCAGGCGAUAUCCAGCAGUGGAAUUAUCCUCAUGAUGAUAUUAAUGAAAAAAUCUGAAUAAAUUAACUUUGCAAAAAUA